AUGUCAGAAAGCCAAGAUUUACCAGGUGCAAUUGUAAAUAGAAUUAUUAAAGCUUCUUUACCAGAAGGGGUAUUAUGUGCCAAAGAAUCUAGGCUAGCUAUUGCAAAAGCAGCAAAAGUUUGGAUUCAUUAUCUUACAGCAGCAAGUAUAGAUUUUAGUUCACAUUCUGGUAGAUCUACAAUAUCACCAAAGGAUGUAUUUCAAGCAAUAGAAGAAAUAGAUUUUGAAAAUUUUAAACCACAAUUAGAGGAAUAUUUAGCAGCACUCAAAAGUGAAAAAGAAAAAGAAAAGGAAAAAGAGAAAGAGAAAGAAAAAGAAAAAGAAAAAGAAAAAGAUAGCAAUAAAGAUGACACAAAAUCAAAAGAUGAAAAUAAAUCUUCAAAAAAAUCCUCUUCCUCCUCAAAAGAUGAAAAAUAA